GGCGACUCAGUCGCGAUCCAGCGCGGGCGGCGAGCGGUUGGGCUGCUGCCUGUGGCGCUGUCCGCCCGCUGAGCACCACCCUGCGCGUGCCGUGCGUCGUCGCGCUCCUGGUGUGAGUGUCAGAGUGUGUGUGUUGUGUGUGGAGGGGGCGGAGGACAGCGGCCAUGAGGACACUGAGCUCCGGGCGGGAGCGGCGCCGUGUCCGCGGCCCCAGCGGCCCCAGCGGCCCCAGCGGCCCCCUCCCCGGCCGCCGGUAGCCGCCAUGGACGACGCGCUCAACUUGACGACGUCGCCGGGGCCGGCGCUGGCCCGCGCCGUGGCCCAGGCGCUGGUGUGGCCCGAGCAGCUCAUGGACCCCGGCGGGGGGGACGCCGUGGUGGGGGGCGCCCUUGGAGGCGGCGGCUCGCAGGACGCGGUGCGCGCGUACCUCAACCUGAGCGGCGAGGACCCGUACGGCGACUGGGGCAACGACAGCCUCGCCGCCAACGGCACGCUCUGCAACGUCAACGGCACCCUGGUGCCGUGCGCGGGCAUCAUCAAGCAGUACUGGGCGCUGGCGCUGCUAGCCUUCCCCGUGCUUACCCUCUUCGGCAACGUGCUCGUCAUCCUGGCUGUGUUUCGCGAGCGGACCCUGCAGAACGCCACCAACUACUUCAUCGUGAGCCUCGCCCUGGCCGAUCUCCUGGUAGCCGUCGUCGUCAUGCCCUUCGCCAUCUACUUUCUGGUGAACGGCACGUGGAGUCUUCCAGGGUUCGUGUGCGACUUUUACAUCGCCAUGGACGUGACGUGCAGCACGUCUUCCAUCUUCAACCUGGUCGCCAUUAGUAUAGACAGAUAUAUCGCUGUAACUCAACCAAUUAAGUACGCCAAGCACAAGAACAACAGAAGAGUAUGGUGUACAAUAGUGGUGGUGUGGUUAGUGUCUUGCGCAAUAGGGACUCCUAUAGUGCUGGGGCUAAACAACACCCCAGAUAGGAGUCCAGACUUAUGCAUUUUCUAUAAUACAGACUUUGUGAUAUAUUCAUCGUUAUCAUCAUUCUACAUUCCCUGUAUGAUCAUGAUCGUCUUAUAUUUCAACAUAUACAAGGCGCUGUCCAACCGGGCGCGCAAGGCCAAGGCUGCACGCAAGCCCAACGCGUCGGACUGCCGGACCGACACGGUCCUGGAGAACCUGGCGCAGACCCGGCGGCUGGCGGAGACGGCACUAGGCACGUCCUCGCUGGCCGCGCCCACCAGCUCCGGCCUGGAGGAGGAGCGGCCCACCAACACGGGCAGCGGAAGCCAGGACGAAGACGAGGACGACAUGAAAGACAACGAUCGGUCGUUCGACAUUGAAGACUGUCACGUGAUCCCUAAUGAUAAGUCAACUGAAUUUAUCCUCGCCACUGUCGGUGACGCGAAGGGGCAGCGGAGAGGGAGCGGCUCAGAUAAGAUGAUCGGCGUGGUGGUGGCGACGCUCAGCCCGACGCCCUUGGCGUCCAUGGCCGACCCCAACGGGAACAAUGACUCGGGCUACGUGGCCUCGCACGUGGAGGAGACCACGAUCGUGUCGGGAUCCGCCCCCGGCAGCCCCAAGAUGCUCAAGGCGCCGGCCCCACAGGGCAAGCGGAACGGCGCGGCGGCGCUCAAGCGGGUGCUCUCGGGCAGCCUGCGCAAAAGUCAGCCGGACCCGCCAUCCACCAGCUCCACCAAGUUCAGCUCCAAGGAGACCAAGGAGUCGCGCUUCACCAUCUACUCCAAGCACAAGGCGUCGCGCAAGAAGAGGGACAAGUCGGCGGCCAGGAAGGAGCGGAAGGCCACCAAGACGCUCGCCAUCGUGCUGGGUGUCUUCCUGGUGUGCUGGGUGCCCUUCUUCACGUGCAACAUCCUGGACGCGACGUGCACCAAGCUGGAGAUGAACUGCCAGCCCGGCGUGUCCGCCUUCAUCCUCACCACGUGGCUGGGCUACAUGAACAGCUUCGUGAACCCCGUCAUCUACACCAUCUUCAACCCCGAGUUCCGCAAGGCGUUCAAGAAGCUCAUGUCCCUCGACUCGUAGGGAGAGCUUUGGGCGUACGGCACCUCCAGCGCGAUUGAGCCCAGCGUGGCCACUCAGCGCUAAGUCCCCUGUACCCUCCACCGUCCCACUCCGUCCGGCCGAAAGGGCCUGCUCCCCCAUCCAGCGGGGCGGGCAUCUUGUAGGAGACACGCCCAGGGGCGCGCAGGUGGCGCCGAAGGUGUCUGGUGUGUGAUGCUUCCCCCACGGAGCCCGGACGGCCGUAGCCCGCCCCCCAUUCCCGCGUUUCGACGAUCGUAUCGUUGAGCCUCGCGCCCAAUAACAUAUCCUCUCUCUCUCACUCACUCUCUGUCUCUGUCUCUCUCUCUCUCCGUGUCUCCCUCUCCCUCCCUGUGCCGUGCGCCCAAAGCCACCGGGUGGCUUUCAUGGCGGCAACAUUUGCCGCCGAUAUCCGACAGGUGGUCGAAAAGAGCAAAAAUAAGGGACUUUCCUGUCUUUUCGACCUCUUGUCAUUGUUCUUCAGUGAGAAGACGAAAAAAACGCUUAUUUAAAAAUUGUACGUGCCAAUUAUAAGAUUUUGAUAAAUCGUUAGUGGAUGUUUUCCAGUGUAUUCGAUGUCGCGCGAGCGAGCUGCUUUGAAUUUCUGUUGUGCGUACUUUUGUUAAGGAAUGGGACCGAAUAACUGGAUCAAAUGAAUACGAUUGAUUUGUUAGGAGAAAUUUCUUUAUUUGUACAAAAUUAGUUUUAGUUGCUGCCAAAGAGUAGACUUGUUUACUAACUUAGGUUGUGUCAUAUUUCUAUCAUGUUUAUAUUGUCUCUUGUGUUAAGUUGUACAUCUUUCGACAGUGUUUGCACAAAUGUACAUAGAUUCACAUGUAAAUACCUGUAUUUUUUUGUUGAGCUCUCGAAUUCCCGAUUGUACGUAUCAUUGUUCUGUAUAGUGAGUUGAAGUCUGUGUAAAUAUUUAUUGUAUGUUGCUCUUGUGCACAUUUUGAAUAUAUGUAGAAAUUCUGUUACAAUUAAGCGCUGAUGAGUAUAUCUAUUUUCAGGGCAAACUUCGUUUCUACAAGACUGUCCCUUUCUUGCAGUUGUUGUAAAUCUUCAUUAUCGGUCUGCAGCUCUGUAGGCUAGCGCCGCUUUGUCCUGAAGUGAUAGCUUUCGAUUGCCCAUUGUAUAUUGUUUCUAAUUCUAAACGAGAUUUUGUUGAACCGAGGCAUUACGCCUCUAGCAGUAACGAAGGACGGAUAAGGUAUUAAUUAAUGAAAAAAUGUAGAUGAAAAUUAUGAUUAUAUUUUAUAUAUAUAUUUGAGAAAAAGAACGGCGGAUAUCGAGAUUGGCAGUAUUGUCUCGCAUUGUGAUGUACAUAAGUAUUUCCCCUUCCCCCGUUACGUAUCGCCCUGCCAGCUGGGCCGGCAGGGGCGCGAGGCGCCCGAUACCUUAGGGGUAUAAUGUGAUCUUCCUCAACUCGGAUAUUAGUUUCUUUUCUUUUUUGUGGUAGUCAAAGAAAAGUAUGCGACUAGGUCUCCAUGCCGAAAUCAGUAUUAUUGUAACGCUAUGCCUCCCAAGGCGCUCCCGUUCCCUGGCCGCGGAGUCACUCUGCCGUCAAGCCGCGGCGAAGCUGGCCUCCACCUCGGACCUGACGCCCGCCCUGGGCGGGCGACCAGCACCCGUCUCCCGCCCGAGCUGGCCCUGAGCCCCGAGUCCGAGGCGGAGGCGCAGCUUGCAACUUCCCCGCCUCAACCCGCCCCGCGCAUCCAAGCACACACUUAGAGAUGCGCUAAAGUUGUUGUACGUUGGUGAUCUUUUUUUGAAUUGAUAUUAUUAAAUGAAAAGUACAAAGGAUAUCAAAGGUUCUUACUUAAGAAUAAAAAACAAUACAGAUAUGUUC